UUAUCCAUGAUGCGGCCCAAGGAGGCCCCAAACUACGUGUUCUAUGCACAGCACCCAGAGAAGAAGGUGCAGGUGCCCUCAUGGCAGGAGGUGAAGCAGACCCCUAUCAUCAUGGCCAUGAUCAAAGGUCCAGGGCCUGCCAAGUACCUCCGGCCAUCCUGCACAGGCUACGUAGACCACGACACCUCCAUGUUCCAGGAGCCCGCGUUUACCCUGCACAGGCGGCAUUCAGAGAAGCGGGUCACAGAUAUAUGCAGCCCUGGGCCUUGCUACUUCUUGGAUCCCAAAAUAACUCGGUUUGGAAUGUCCAGCUGCCCGCAGGUCCCCAUGGAGGAGCGCAUCUCCAACCUGCGCCUGUGUCCCAACCCAUCCCCUUGUCACUACAACUUGGAGAAGAUCUGUCACCCUGGGGAACGCAGGGCUCCCCAGUAUGCUUUCGGCUACCGGUGUCCAUUCAGAGUGUUGGACCCCAACCCAGCUCCCAACCAGUACCAGCUGCCAGUCUCUCUGGGGCCCAACAACCCCGUCCAUCGAGCUGCUCCCUGCUAUAGUCUGAACUCCUCUAACAAGAACUGGUUCUACAAAGAGGAUGUGGCCAGAGGCCCCGGCCCCGCCAUGCAUGCCCGGCCCGAGCCGUCCAUCUACCAGAACCGCAGCCCCAUCUACAGCAUGGCCAGGCGCUUCGCCUACCCACUGGACCACACCCUUCGUCCUGGCCCUGGCUCCCACAAUGUUCAGGAGGUCACUGUGCACAAGCCCCGCAUGCCCUCUUUCACCAUGGGCGUCAAACACUCCCCCAACCUGUGCCCACUGGUCACCGACAUUUGUGACUGAGGUCCCUGCUGGUGCACUCACCCUCCCACACACAGAUGUUAUUUUUCUUCGCCAAAUUGAGCAACUUGAUUAAGGAUGCAAGUAGCAGAGCUAGUGUUGAGCACACGGAAGGCACUAGAUAAAUAUUUUUAUUUAUUCA